AUGAACAAUGAUACGAUAAACAACUUGUCCUCAUCAAAUAAUCGUUCAUUAUCCAAUCGGUAUUAUCCAUUACAAAAUUUUUCAUCAUCUCACAAUCAGUUCGGCACAAUUGGAAGUCAAUUAACAUCCGUGUUAAAUUUACCACGUCAACAACAGCAACAAAAAUCAAUCGUCUUACCAAUACAUAAAUCAGUAUAUCAUUCGAAUAAUUCAUCAAAAUGUUUGUCACCCGUACAUUGCCCUCAGCAACAUCAAAAGGUACAGGACGCAGUUGAAUCUCCAACGACAAAACAUUCAUCUGUUCCAACUUCACAGAAUCCAUCAUUUGAAUGUGUAUGGAACUGGAUAUUAUUUUCACCAGCAUACUAUCCACAGUAUUAUAGUCCACACCAAUGUAAACCUAACGAUUCUUCUUCUAUAACAUAUUCGAAUACAGAAGAAAAUGAUUUAAUCUCAUGGUUAUUAAAUAGUGAUGAAGAUAUAUCGUCUUCUACUGAUAUUACUGAUACGCCUUCUGAUGAUGAAUCAUCUACAUCGGAAUUAAUUGCUCGUCAUCGAUGUACAUCGCCAACAAGAUCCGAUUCAGAUGAUGGUUAUAUAUCGUCAUCUGAUCAAGGGUCAAAUUCGUUAAUUUAUUCGUCUUGUGAACUAAUAAAAGAUGAAGAAAAAUCACUGAAAAUUAAUCAGAGUAAUGUUGUCAGUUCUCAAGAGCCACUGUUACUUACACCUCUCAAAAAAGCUCCCUUGUCAUAUGCGGCAACCGUUAGUUCGUCAAAACCAAAUGUAAUUUUAAAUAAAUUCGCUACAUCACCCAAAAAGCCCACGGUAACGGAAACAGCGGAUAAUAUUCUGGCUUUGCGUUCACCAACUCCAACAACAUCAUUGCAAAAGCCAAAAUUAUUUUUUGUUGCACCCCGUUUUGAACGUUUAUAUCAACAAAAAGAGAGAACAAAUAAUACACCAUCGUCUUCAGCAAAUAAUAAAACGCGUACAUACAAUCAACAAACGGUAACAACAACAACGACUGUACAUUCAAAUCAUUCGCUAACAAUAACAAAACGUCGUUGA